CCUCCCCAAUCCUACCAGCUACAAUAUCGGAGGUUGUGCCAAGGGAGCCGGAGAGUUACAGAACAAGCGAAGCAACGGAAUUGCAUUCUCAGUCACGCUAAAUUUCAUCCCUGUUUCGUUUUGAUUCUUCUGUUUUCUGACGCAAUUGAAUCUCGAUCAAUGACUUAAAUGCUUGCUUCUUGUGAUAACACAAGUCAACAAUGGAGUGUAUUGGACUCGCUGCUCGGAAUUUUGCGGCAAUGGCGGCUUCUAGUAGCCCUAAUUUAGCUUCAACGGGAAGAAGAAAACUCCAGUUGUUAUGUAGAACGGAAAGCCGUCGGUUUGGUUUGCGUCGGCGUUCGAUGCUAGUGAUGGCCAGUGCAGGAAGUGACAGUUGUUUCGCAGUGAAAGAAGGAUUUUCCGACGAGGAAGAUUUCAUUAAAGGCGGUGGCUCUGAGCUUCUGUUCGUUCAAAUGCAGCAGAACAAGGCGAUGGAGAUGCAGUCCAAACUCGCUGACGAGCUACCGCCAAUAUCAAUUGGAAAUGGCGUAUUGGACUUGGUGGUUAUUGGUUGCGGUCCAGCUGGUCUUGCUCUGGCUGCGGAAUCGGCUGCUUUGGGAUUAAAAGUUGGACUCAUUGGUCCUGACCUGCCUUUUACAAAUAACUAUGGCGUCUGGGAAGAUGAAUUUAAAGAUCUUGGACUUGAAGAGUGUAUAGAGCAUGUAUGGCCGGAUACAGUCAUAUAUCUUGAUGACAAGGAUCCUGUUCUUAUUGGUCGUGCAUAUGGACGUGUUAGCAGGCAUUUGCUCCACGAGGAGCUGCUUAAAAAGUGUAUCAAGUCGGGUGUUUCUUAUCUCAACUCCAGAGUGGACAGCAUUGUUGAAACUACCUCUGGCCAUAGCCUUCUUGCCUGUGAACACGAUAUUUUUGUCCCAUGCAGACUCGCAACAGUUGCAUCAGGAGCAGCUUCAGGUAAACUGCUGCAGUAUGAGGUGGGCGGCCCAAAGGUGUCUGUCCAAACUGCUUAUGGUGUAGAGGUUGAGGUGGAAAACAAUCCUUAUGAUCCACGUCUUAUGGUUUUUAUGGACUACAGGGACUACUCAAAGCAAGAAACCUCAUCUAUGGAAGAACAAUAUCCUACAUUUCUUUAUGCCAUGCCCAUGACUCCGACAAAAGUUUUCUUUGAGGAAACUUGUUUAGCUUCAAAAGAAGCUAUGCCAUUUGAUCUUUUAAAGAAAAAACUUAUGUCAAGAUUAAAGACUAUGGGGAUCCGAAUUGUGAAAACAUAUGAAGAGGAAUGGUCUUAUAUUCCAGUUGGUGGAUCCUUGCCAAACACAGAGCAGAAAAACCUCGCAUUUGGUGCAGCUGCCAGCAUGGUGCAUCCAGCCACAGGCUAUUCAGUUGUUAGAUCUCUGUCUGAGGCUCCAAAAUAUGCUUCUGUCAUUGCAAGAGUUUUGGAGCGAGGACAGCUAAAAGAUGGCCUUGCUAAUGGAAGAACCUAUGGGAAUAUCUCAAUGCAGGCUUGGAACACUCUUUGGCCACAAGAAAGGAAGCGCCAGAGAGCUUUUUUCCUCUUUGGGCUUGCACUGAUUGUUCAAUUGGAUAUCGAGGGUAUUCGAACAUUUUUCCGCACCUUCUUCCAAUUGCCAGAUUGGAUGUGGCAGGGAUUUCUUGGGUCUACUUUAUCUUCAGCAGACCUUGCACUUUUUGCGUUGUAUAUGUUCGUCCUAGCUCCAAAUGAUCUAAGAAUGUGCCUCGUUAAACAUCUUCUUUCUGAUCCUACUGGAGCAACCAUGAUAAGAACAUAUCUCACAGUUUCUUGAAUUUUCUCCUAAGAUCUUGUUCCUGUAUUGUAAGAACAAUGUUUAGAUUACACGAGAAGCCUGUCAGGUAUUUUCUUUCCUUCUUUCUUUAUAUGUUUCUUACUGGAGUUUGUUAUAUGUAGUGUACAUAUUCAAUAUUCUUUUCCAUUUCUAUGCUCUCAUCAAAUUUUACUCU